UCCCGUCGUGCCCUGCGCAUUUGACGUCAUUGUGGCGCUUCUGACGGGGAGUGCGCCAUCUUGAAAUCCUUUUCUGCUGUUGGGUUGCAAAUCCAAAGCCAUCGAAUGAAAUUUAGAUGCUUAGUAGCGUCAGUAACUGUUAGCUAAUUUUUCAAGCUUAACAAAUAACGUUUUGCGCUAUUUAUCGCGACUGGAAUGGCAGGCAAUGGAGAAAUCCAGUGGUGUUUCUCCCAAGUCAAGGGGACUUUGGAUGACGACGUGACCGAAGCGGACAUAAUUUCCUGCGUCGAGUUCAACCACGAUGGAGACCUGUUGGCGACGGGGGACAAAGGGGGCCGUGUGGUUAUCUUCCAAAGGGACCCUGCGUCGUGGCAGAGCCAGCCUCGGAGAGGGGAGUACAAUGUGUACAGCACGUUUCAAAGUCACGAGCCGGAGUUUGACUACCUCAAGAGCCUGGAGAUUGAGGAGAAGAUCAACAAGAUCCGGUGGCUGCGCCGGAAGAACCAGGCGCACUUCCUCUUGUCGACCAACGACAAGACGAUCAAGCUGUGGAAGGUGUCGGAGCGGGACAAGCGCAUCGACGGCUACAGCUCCCGGGGGGACGUGGGGGGGCUGCCGGCGCUGCGUGUGCCCACCCUGCAGCCCAUGGAGCUGCUGGUGGAGGCGACACCCCGGCGCAUCUUUGCCAAUGCGCACACGUACCACAUCAAUUCCAUCUCGGUCAACAGCGACCAGGAGACGUACCUGUCCGCCGACGACCUUCGGAUCAACCUGUGGCACCUGGAGAUUACGGACCAAAGCUUCAAUAUUGUAGAUAUUAAACCGACCAACAUGGAGGAACUGACGGAAGUAAUAACGGCGGCUGAGUUCCACCCGUCUCAGUGCCAUAUGUUUGUGUACAGCAGCAGUAAGGGCACCAUCCGGCUAUGCGACAUGCGUGCGGCAGCCCUCUGCGACCAGCAUGCGAAACUGUUUGAGGAGCCGGAGGAUCCGACCAACCGGAGCUUCUUCUCCGAGAUCAUCUCGAGCAUCUCGGAUGUGCGGUUCAGCAAUAACGGCCGCUACAUGAUCUCGAGGGACUACUUGUCUGUCAAAGUGUGGGACUUGAACAUGGACAGUAAACCCGUGGAGUGCUACAAUGUGCACGAGUACCUGCGCUCGAAGCUGUGCAGCCUCUACGAGAACGACUGCAUCUUCGACAAGUUUGAGUGCUGCUGGAACGGCACGGACAGUUCCAUCAUGACGGGCUCGUACAACAACUUCUUCCGGGUGUUUGACCGGACGGCCAAAAGGGACGUGACGCUCGAGGCUUCGCGGGAAAUUGCCAAGCCCCGGACGGUGUUGAAGGCUCGAAAGGUGUGCACGGGUGGCAAGCGGAAGAAAGAAGAGAUUAGUGUGGACUGUCUUGACUUCAACCGCAAGAUCCUGCACACGGCGUGGCAUCCGCAGGAGAAUGUGGUGGCUGUGGCAGCCACCAACAAUUUGUACAUAUUCCAAGAAAAGUUUUAGCUACCGCUUGGGCUGCACGAAAUGUAAAAAUGUACAUAGUCUCAUCCCUGAACCUAGUUUUUUUUUUUUUUUGUCUUUAGGAAGUUCAUUUUAGUUUGGCCCCUCUGCAGUCCCGUUUCUAUACAACACGGGUGCCUGGAAUCAUGGUUUUGUAGAGCGUACUAAUUCUAUUUUACUUAGGCCCCCCUUGGUGUUUUGUUUCCGCCAAUUGCAUGUCGUGGAUGAUGGGGGAGGGAGAGCACUUGCUCAAAUGCUGUUGUGCUGCCCCAGAAAGCGCACUCCUACAAAAAGAAAAAAAAGAAAAAGAAAACGUGCGAGACUCUUGUCUCCCGAAUUCUCGUAUGUUGCCAGUGGACAAAAUAAACAACGUCUUAAGAAAGUGC